ACUACAAUUGGCCCGUGGCUGACCGCAGCACAUAAAACAAAAAUAGAAAUAAACGUGCCAGCACAUGUGCUUAAUUAUUUUUAAAUAUUUAAUUGUUUGAAUUCAUUUGCUUAGAUUUAAGCAAAUAUGUGAAUGAAAGCGAAAGAGUUGAAUUUUUAGCAAUUGCUGCCGUGUGCUGGUUUCGUGUAUGUGUAUAUGUGUGUGUUGCAUUCUGUUCAUAAAACAUUGCGCCGCGUUGUUAUUGUUGUUCUCUUUUAUUGUUGUUAUCGUGUUUAGUAAUCUAGUGGCUGCCAACCGGCAAUACGUUAAAUUGAUUAUAAAUAGCUAUCAAUUGCGUUUGAUUAUGUGACAGAGCUGAAGACUUCGAACUACAAAAUACUAUACAUAAGUACGAUAGAUGACGUCGCGACGUCGGGGAACGCCCGUGUAUCAGUGUCCAUCAAGAUACAUACGUGUUUUCUUAAUCCACUUUACGAUACGCAAAGUGAACUUCAUAAAUAUUUACGCGCUCAAAUAAAAACAAUUGAUAAGCCAACGAAUGCUGCACGUUUUGUUUGCUAAGCCAAAGGAAAGUGCGGAGUGGAAGUGUAUUCACAUUAUUCUUGUAAAGCGAAAAGUUAAUUGAAAACGUGGCAAGCUGAAGCUGAACAAUAAGAAAACAAAUCUAGCCCACGGCUGCAUUUAAGAGAGCACAUUAAAAGGAUAACGGAAGCAUUGGGAACUGGUUGAUAGCUGCACAGCAGCAAAAGAAGAUUUCAUUAAAGUUUAGCUAAAAUAAAUAGAAAGAAGGAGAGAAAAAGACACACCUGCAUACACUAAAGCUGCUCGCUCGCAGCCGUACGCUCUCUUCCAUAUUCUAUAUUUCUCACACUUACACAAACGCUCUCUUAUACACUUGCAUAGAAACGCUCUCUUAUACACUUGCAUAGAUACGCUCUCUUACGCCAUGACUGAUAACGAGCGGCCGCUACGUGACUUCGACGAAGAGAGCGAAGAGACUGAUUCAGAAACAGAAUUGCUCAUACGACACAUUGGCAGCAGCGACGCUGCCAUUGCCAAUAGCAACAACAAAAGCAAUAGCAAAAGCAACAACAUUGGCCAAAGACGACGCAAAAGCUCAACUGGUUACAGUGGAAUCGGCGGCAUUGUUAGCCCCUCUGCUGGCAACAGCAACAGCGGUAGCAGCUUUCUGGGCAAUUUAUUCAGUCUUGGCUCAGCCGCCGGCCAGAUACGUUAUAGAAAUGAGCGAAGUCGCGAGCGCGCCAAAUACUCAAAUAGCAACAACAGCGGCAGCGGCAGUGCAUCGCGAGACAUUACGUCGGACCAUACAACUGUCGGCGGUAGUGCAACGAAACUGGCGCAACUAACACAAACGGGCGCCAGCGGCGUCGACAACUCUGCGCCACAUGCACCACAUGUGACCAGCACAGACAUUGGCGCAUCAAACGGUAUUAGCGCUCAUACGGUGAUCGAUCCCGAGAACGGCGCCUCCACAGUAUUCUAUCAGAACAACAGACGUCGCAGCAAAAGUCGCAGCAUCAGCAAUGUCUGUAAAAUGUGUCUCUGCAGCUGCUGGAGGAAAUGGUUUAGGCCACGUGAGCUGCGAGCCCGCACCGUCAUCUUGGGCAGACCCAACACUGAGAAGUUUCCGCCGAAUGAGAUCCGUAACCAGAAGUACAAUUUCAUCACGUUCCUGCCGUUGGUGCUUUUCGAGCAGUUUCGCUUCUUUCUCAAUCUUUACUUUCUACUGAUGGCGCUCUCCCAGUUCAUACCGGAUAUACGCAUUGGAUAUCCGUACACCUAUUGGGGUCCACUCGGCUUUGUGCUGAUGGUAACCAUCUGUCGGGAGGCUGUGGAUGAUCUGCGUCGCCAUCAACGAGAUCAUGAAGUCAACUCCCAGAAAUAUAAACGUCUCUCGGCAUCGCAUGGCAACGGGUAUGAGAUGGUUCCCAGCUCGAAGCUCAAAGUGGGCGACGUCAUCGUUGUGGAGAAGAACGAACGAGUUCCGGCAGAUCUAAUUCUACUCCGCACCAGUGAUCGCAGUGGUUCCGUCUUUGUGCGCACCGAUCAACUCGACGGCGAGACAGAUUGGAAGCCACGUCUAGCGGUUCCAUAUACCCAGAAACUCAGCCGGGAUGCGGAUCUGUACAACAUCGAUGCCAGCUUCUAUGUGGAGAAGCCACAGAACGAUAUACACAGCUUCAUCGCCACCUUCUGCAUGACGGAUGGCAGCGAGGACACCGGACUCAGUGUGGAGAACACUCUCUGGGCCAACACGGUGGUUGCCGCCGGCACCGCCACUGGCAUUGUCAUCUACACGGGCUGCGAGACGCGCAGCGUGAUGAACAACUCACAGCCACGUUCGAAGGUGGGACUACUGGACACGGAGAUAAACGGAUUAACGAAGGUGCUUUUCUGUGCCGUACUUGGACUCUCGCUUGUCAUGAUGAUGCUGAAGGGUUUCGGAGGUCCCUGGUACCGCUACAUGUUCCGAUUUGUGCUCUUGUUCUCCUACAUUAUACCGAUCAGCUUGCGCGUGAAUCUCGACAUGGGUAAAGCCUUCUACUCGUGGCAAAUGCAAAACGAUGACAACAUCAAGGGAACCGUGGUGCGAUCGACAACGAUUCCCGAGGAGUUGGGUCGCAUCUCGUAUGUGUUGACUGACAAGACGGGCACGCUAACCCAAAAUGAAAUGGUCUUCAAGAAGAUCCAUCUGGGCAUCGUCUCACACGACGCGGAUACGUUCCAUCACAUUGGACAGAUGAUACAAAAGUUAUCGGGCAGUAUAUUGCAACAGCAACAGCAGCAGGGCAGCCUCUCGAGCUCCAGCAGUGCUGGGGAGAACAUCAAACCAAUUAUGUUUGCCGGCAAUCGCAUGCGUCGUCCAGAGGGAUGGCGGGAGUGGGAGGCAGUACGUGCUCUGGCCUUGUGCCACAAUGUGACGCCGGUGAGUGACGACGAGGACAAUCGCUCAGUGUCCACCGCUUCCACGGUGACUGGUGGCAAUAAUUCACCUACGAAAUCUGUGAUAAAUAUCGAGGCUCCCGGCAGCACUGACACGGAGCAUCAGUAUCAGGCCGCCUCUCCCGAUGAGAUUGCAUUGGUCAAGUGGACCGAGCAGGUUGGCCUGACUCUAAUUGCUCGAGAUCUGAACACCAUGACGCUGCAGGUGAAGACGGCCAGUGAUGAGAAUGACAUACUGAUGCACUAUCAAAUCCUUCAGCUGUUCCCCUUUACAAGCGAGAGUAAGCGUAUGGGCAUUAUUGUGCGUGAGAGCAAGACGGGCCAGAUUACGUUCUAUCUGAAGGGUGCCGAUGUGGUCAUGUCCACCAUUGUGCAAUACAAUGACUGGCUAAGCGAGGAGUCGGGUAACAUGGCACGUGAGGGUCUCCGCACUCUUGUCGUCGCCAAGAAGGUGCUCACCGAGGAACAGUACAACGACUUUGAGACACGUUACAAUGCGGCUCGUCUUAGCAUUUCGGAUCGUGUGGCCAAGGUGGCCGCCGUCACAGAGUCGCUGGAACGCGAAAUGGAGCUGUUGUGUCUGACCGGCGUAGAGGAUCGCCUGCAGGAGAAUGUGCGUCCCACGCUGGAGCUGUUGCGUAAUGCCGGUGUACGUGUCUGGAUGUUGACAGGCGAUAAGCUGGAGACGGCUUGCUGCAUUGCCAAGUCCUCGCAGCUGAUUGGACGCAAUCAGGGAUUGUAUGUGCUGCGCUCGGUUAAGACGCGCACGGAGGCGCAUCAGGAGCUGAAUCACUUUCGGCGCAAACAGGGUCACGCUCUGGUCAUAUCCGGCGAGUCGCUGGAGGUUUGUCUACAGUAUUAUCGACUGGAGUUCUUGGAGCUGGCCACUGCCUCCCCCGCAGUCGUUUGUUGCCGCUGCUCACCGACUCAAAAGGCCCAAGUGGUGGCUCUCAUCCAAAAGCACACACGCAAACGCACUUGUGCUGUCGGCGAUGGCGGCAAUGAUGUAAGCAUGAUUCAGCAGGCGGACGCUGGCGUGGGCAUCGAGGGACGCGAGGGACGUCAAGCAUCGCUGGCAGGAGACUUUAGCAUUCCCCAGUUCUCGCACAUUGCCAAGCUGCUGUUGAUCCACGGUCGUCGCAGCUACAAACGCUCUGCAGCCCUGUCCCAGUUUGUUAUACAUCGUGGCUUAAUAAUUACCACAUUGCAAGCUGUCUUCUCGGCUGUCUUUUAUCUAAGCUCGGUGGCACUCUAUCAGGGAUUCUUGAUGGUCGGAUAUUCCACGCUGUACACAAUGUUCCCGGUGUUUUCUCUUGUGUUGGAUCAGGACAUUACCUCGGAGACAGCUGUCACGUAUCCGGAGUUAUAUAAAGAUUUGUCAAAGGGGCGUAGUCUCAGCUAUAAAACAUUCUUCAUUUGGGUGUUGAUCAGCAUCUAUCAAGGAGGCGUCAUUAUGUACGGUGCACUCAUACUCUUUGUGGACGAGUUUAUACACAUUGUGGCUAUCAGUUUCUCAGCUCUAAUUAUGACAGAGCUCAUCAUGGUGGCGUUGACAGUGCGCACCUGGCACAGGCUAAUGGUCUUGGCUGAGCUAUUCAGCUUGGCGCUUUAUCUAAUCUCGCUGGCUGUGCUGCAUGAGUAUUUCGACUGGGAAUUUAUCUGGUCGUACGACUUCCUCUGGAAGGUAUCGCUUAUCACAGUCGUCUCCUGUUUGCCCCUGUAUAUAAUCAAGUUCUUGCGCAAAAAAUGCUCUCCUCCAUCCUAUUUGAAGCUCUCUUAAACAUGGAUCUGUCUGGCCGAGCAUGCCACAAAUUUUCGUUCAUUGAAUUAAAUAUUUUUUUUUUCCAUAAAUUAUUCUGACCAUCCUUUUGUACAAUUUAGUGAAAACUUCGUUUAUUGUUUUUGUCCAAGUUCUGCCAACCAUAUAAAACCCCAUGCGUGAUAUAAAGUGUAAUUUCUUAUACUUUGCAGUCCUUUCUCUAUAUGUUUUUAAUUGUAUAAUUUGUUGAACUACGCAAAAGUGAAAUGAAUGGAAAUGAUAGUGAUUGUACACAUUUAAAUGAUGAUUAAUGUUUAAGUCGCAGUAAACCAAAUUAUGUUACUAAUUAUUUAAUGAUAAAAGUAAAAUUAAACUUAAUGUAUCUAUGACUAAAACCGAAAUCAAUUAUAAAUGUAUGAAAACGACAAAUAGAUUUUGUAUUAAGUAUUAGAAAUCACAACACAUCAAUAAAUACAUAUAUGAUAACUAAAAACCAAA